AGGAGAGUUUAGAUACUCCUUCCCACAGGAAGCUGGACUGUACACAAGAAAUAGAGAACACUUCCUGAUUAUUAUGAUGGGCCUUGCUGACAGUUCAGGAGACCAUGAAGGAAGGGAGAAGAUGUGUCUUAUGGCUGAUGUGUAACAAGACGUGUCACACAAUGUAGGAGAAGCUCCAAACACAGAGGACUUCUUUCUGCAGGUUGUUAAAGAAGUACUUUUUAUCAUAUGGACAAGGCAGCUAAUUGUGCAGAUAUGUCUCUUGAUGAGAUCCGUAUGAAUUCCGAUGAACUAUUGGACAAGAAAGAAAUAGACUGUGGGGGUUUUGGAAAAGUGUACCUGUGCUGCCACAAAGUGCUUGGCCUGGUUGUCCUGAAAACUGUGUUUACGGGGUGUAAGCAAGAUUCGUACAAAAAUGAUCUUAUUCAAGAAGGAAGAAUAAUGUGUAAGCUGAAUCAUGAGCGAGUUGUAAAGCUGCUUGGUGUUGUCUUGGAAGAUGGCAACUACUCUUUGGUGAUUGAGUACAUGUCAAAGGGAAAUUUACUAAAUGUCUUAAAGCAGCAGAUUGAAGUGCCCAUUUCUGUGAAAGCUCGUUUUAUCCUGGAAAUUAUCGAAGGAAUGAUCUAUCUGCACCGCGAAAAAGUGAUCCACAAGGACCUGAAACCAGAAAACAUUCUGGCAGAUGAUAAUUUUCAUGUUAAAAUUGCAGAUCUUGGUGUUGCCGCCUUCCAGAAAUGGAGCACUUUAACCAAAGAGGAAACCAGUCGCCAAAGGAAUCAGAGCAAAAAAAAUAGUACAGGCAAGGCCAACAGUGGCGGAACAAUAAGCUACAUGGCACCAGAGCACUUCAAAGAUAUAAACCAAAAAGCCACUAAAAAAUCUGAUGUGUACAGUUUUGCAAUCGUUAUCUGGGUGAUACUAAACAACAAGGAACCCUAUGAGAAUGUCAUUAGUAAUACACAGCUGUCAUUAUGUGUAAAACAAGGCCAAAGGCCAAGUAUCACAGAUGAUAGGUACAAUAGUCUACAAGAGGCAGCCAUUCUCAUGGAGCAAUGCUGGAAGGAUGAUCCAGAUGAAAGACCUUCUUUUCAAGACUGUGAAAAACAAUUCUGGCCUGUGUAUUCUGAAAAAUAUGAAAAGAACGUUGAAUGUGAUGUGGCUAAAUUGCAGGAAAAUUACCCGGAGCCAGAAGCAUUUAUUCAAAGGAUGGCAUCUUUGCAGCUAGACUGUGAUGCAGAACCUCCCAGUAUGCAACCAAGAGAUACACCCCGGUCUCUUCAUAGCAACCUGGGCUUGGGACACGGAAACAUUAAUGAGCGUUUGUUCAGGGCUUCCAAUGAGCCAGAAGAGAGUGAGGAAGAAAAAUAUGAUGACUUACAGCGGAAACUGCAAGAAGAAAUGAAUUAUCAUCAGACUGGCAGUCGUAUUGAGAAUGUGACUAACCCUUCCAACCCAGGUGCUCCAAGUGAGCUCAGCAGUUGUAAAAUGUUUAAUAAACCACGUAUUGUGAAUCCACAAAAUACGGGGAAUUUUACACCUGCCAAUGGACUUCACAGCCCUGAGCAACUUACUCAGGGGGACCCAAAUUACAUCUAUGUGUCUAAUGAACACCACGGAAUGUUCAAUCCACAUAUUUCAGCGAUGCCACCAUCUACACCUGAACCAGGGGCAUAUCCUCAUGGGCAACUUGACGGUUGGCAAGGAAUGCAUGAUUUUAUGCCAUAUGAUUCUACUAAAGUUCCUGUUGCAGAAUCGGAGAUGCCAAUUCUUUACCCACAACACCCAGGCUAUGCAUAUGCUAGUAAUGUCAGUUACACAGGAGGCUCACCUGGGAAUACUCCUUUCCCUAAGGGAAACUUUGGCUAUCUAGGAAAUCAUAGUCUGGACACGUACAUUCCAGAUAAAUCUGUCAAUCUGACUAUAUCAAAUAGUAGAGCCAUUCAGAUUGGAAACGGUAAUUACAUGACGGUUGAGGCACCAAGAGCAAUAAACAAUCAUGUUGCUCAAAAUGUUACCGACAAGCAGUAUCAACAUGUGUUUGAGGACACUUCAUCAGCAAAGGAGCAACAGCUUCAGCUUCUGGGAGAUAACCUGUCUAGGAAAUGGAAGGAGUUUGCACGCAAAGUUGGGUUUCGACAACCAGAAAUUGAUGAAAUUGACCAUGACUUUGAAAGAGAUGGACUAAAAGAAAAAGUUUUCCAAAUGUUGUACAAGUGGCAAAUGAAAGUCGGAUCGAAAUAUGUUACAGUUGGAGAGAUUGCUAAAGCCCUACAUGAUUUGGGAGAAAAAGACCUUCUCAAUCAACUCAUUCAGCUGAACUAAGCACUUAUAGAAAGCCUAACUUGAACAAAAUGUUUGUGAAUCUUAAGACAGACCUGACAAGGAUCACAAUAUGCCACCAAGCGUAUGACUUUUCUAAAACUCAAUUUUUUUUUUAUGAGGCAUUGUGAUUGGAAAGGCCUGAUGCGUUUACAUGAAAUACCCACUAUGAAUAAUGAUCUACAACAGACUGUGAGUUUGAGUGUGUCAGCAUUAGCCAGCGUUGCCUGUUUUCUAGGUAUUCUAGGUAUGAUAUCAUAUGACUGUUGAAUCUUCAUCACAAAUUGGUUGUCUUUUGAUAAUGAAAAAAAUCCUUCCAAGA